AAUUCCAUUCGACCAAACCGGUUGUUAUAGUUUUCUGUCUUCUUCUGUUUUUGUUUUUUUUUAGAGAAAUCAGGGACACAGAGUAGGUGAAGAGUGGACAAGCGACGACCCCUUCCAAAUUCCAAUUGUUCGUUCAAAUCUGAAGAGACAGUGAGGUGGAGAGUUGGAGACGGAACUGGGCGCUCACAACUGCCAACUUCAAUCACUCUUCGUUUCUUCAUUCUUCAAGGAUAUACAAUCCAAUGACUCAAUAUCCACAGAGGCAGAGAUUGUAAAUCCUUGGACUAAUUGGGAAUGGCAUUUUUCAAUUCAAUAACAAGAAGCCUUGUAAGAAAAUCUCUGAUCAGUCACGUGAGAACUGCUGUAAGAAGCAUGAGCAACCUGCCGGAGAAUGCAGUAUAUGGCGGUCCCAAGCCACAGGACCCAAACCAGAGAACAACCCUCGCUACUCUCCGCCAGAAGCACCGCAAGGGGGAGCCCAUAACCAUGGUCACAGCCUACGAUUAUCCUUCUUCCGUGCAUCUUGACACUGCUGGGAUUGAUAUAUGUCUAGUAGGUGACUCUGCCGCUAUGGUGGUUCAUGGCCACGACACCACUCUGCCCAUCACUCUUGAUGAGAUGCUCGUGCAUUGUCGAGCUGUUGCCAGAGGAGCUAAAUGCCCUUUUCUUGUUUGUGACCUCCCUUUUGGUAGCUAUGAGUCCAGUACCACACAGGCUGUUGAUGCAGCGGUAAGGGUUUUAAAGGAAGGAGCGAUGGAUGCUAUUAAGUUGGAAGCUGGUGCACCAUCCAGAAUUACAGCAGCUAAAGCAAUAGUUGAAUCUGGAAUUGCCGUGAUGGGGCAUGUUGGACUUACCCCUCAGGCCAUUAGUGUUCUUGGAGGAUUUAGGCCUCAAGGUAGAAAUGUCUGUAGUGCAGUCAAGGUUUUGGAAACUGCCUUGGCUUUUCAGGAAGCAGGGUGCUUCUCCGUUGUUUUGGAAUGUGUGCCGCCACCUGUGGCUGCUGCGACAACAUCUGCUCUUAAGAUUCCCACUAUUGGCAUUGGGGCUGGACCAUUUUGCAGUGGUCAGGUGCUAGUUUAUCAUGAUCUGCUUGGGAUGAUGCAACAUCCACAUCAUGCCAAGGUUACUCCUAAAUUCUGCAAACAAUAUGGGCAUGUCGGGGAUGGAAUCAACCGAGCACUUCUGCAAUACAAGGAAGAAGUGACAAAUGGUUCUUUCCCAGGGGCCGCUUAUAGUCCAUAUAAAAUUAGCGCUGCUGACAUGGAUGGUUUCGUUCACGAACUACAGAAGUUGGGUUUCGAUGAUGCAGCAUCUGCAGCUGCUACUGCUGCCGAGAAGAUUCAGAAACCACCACCAAAAUGAUCAGAGUAUGUUGUAGAGAGCUAAGUUGCUAAUGCCUUUAUCUAUAAUUAUUUGUCAAACAUAUUUAUAAUAAAGAGUUGGUUUUAUUACUGCAA